AUGGUUCAAGCUUCCGAGGUCCUCAAGGGAAAGACUGGUGUCAUCUACGGUGACGAUGUCUACAACCUCUUCAAGCACGCACAAUCCGAGGGAUACGCCAUCCCCGCGAUCAACGUGACUUCCUCCUCCACCGUCGUCGCAUCCCUCGAGGCUGCCCGCGAUGCCAAGUCCCCCAUCAUCCUCCAAAUGAGCCAGGGUGGUGCCGCAUACUUCGCCGGAAAGGGCGUCGACAACAAGGACCAGAGCGCUUCCAUCCAGGGAGCCAUCGCCGGUGCUCACUACAUCCGCGCAAUUGCGCCCGCAUACGGUAUCCCCGUUGUUCUCCACACCGACCACUGCGCCAAGAAGCUUCUGCCCUGGUUGGACGGCAUGCUCGACGAGGACGAGAAGUUCUUCAAGGCAAAUGGCGUACCGCUGUUCAGCUCCCACAUGAUUGACCUCUCAGAGGAGAGCAAGGAAGAGAACAUUGAGACCACCAAGAAGUACCUCCAGCGCGCUGCUCCCAUGAAGCAAUUCUUGGAGAUGGAGAUUGGAAUCACUGGCGGUGAAGAGGAUGGUGUCAACAACGAGGAUGUUGACAACAACUCGCUCUACACCCAGCCUGAAGAUAUCUUUGACAUCUACAAGACCUUGAGCGAGGUCUCCCAGUACUUCUCGAUCGCCGCUGGCUUCGGUAACGUCCACGGUGUUUACAAGCCUGGUAACGUCAAGCUCCGCCCUGAAUUGCUCCAGAAGCACCAGCAGUUCGUCAAGGAGCAAGUCAAGAGCAAGGACGACAAGCCCGUCUUCCUCGUAUUCCACGGUGGCAGCGGCAGCUCUGUCGACGACUUCCGUCAGGCGAUCUCAUACGGUGUCGUCAAGGUCAACCUCGACACCGAUAUGCAAUGGGCCUACUUGUCGGGUGUUCGCGACUACGUCCUCAACAAGAAGGACUACCUCCUCACUCAAGUUGGUAACCCAGACGGCGAGGACAAGCCCAACAAGAAGGUACGCGAUUACUACUUCUAUUACUAUACGAGCUCUUGGUUAUCACCUACACAUACAUCUAAUACAUAUACCUCCAACAUGACUCUUGGCGACUCUAUCCGCAAAGGCGUGGGUAUGGUCCACGGAACUGGCGAGGCCAUCCGCGGCAACGCUAUGGCUAUAGUCGAUGACGCGAGCGGCGACAAGGCGAGCGCAACCAAGAACCAGGAGAUCGCCAACAAGGGAGUCGACGAGUGGGAUCGAGGCUACCGAGGCCACCCUGCCGACGCUGGUGUUACUCCUGCCGACACUGAUGCCCACCGCGAACGCAUGAACACAACCAACACCACAGCCACAAACUACGGCUCGCACAACUCAAACAUUGGCAACAAGGUCGACCCCAGGUACGACUCGGACAUGGACCACAGGGGAACUGCGACCGGCUCAACAAAUGCUGGACCGCACUCGACCAACGUUGGUAACAAGCUUGACCCGCGCUUCGACUCGGAUGUUGACCAUCGCGCUGAUCCUACAUCGAACGUUGGCGGUACGGGCUACGAGACACCCGAGAAAGACUUUGGAUGGCAGCCCUCGAAAGGGUUCGACGAGGCCUGGCACCCGCCACACGAACAUCAACAUGGGGGAAAUCCUCCCCAUGAGCACCGAGGCUCGAUCGGCGGUUCAUCCGGGUUAGAGGCUGCAAACAAACUCGAUCCCGUAUUCGUUGCUGGGCCCGAUGAAGAAUCGAUGAAGUACGCUGACCACCCCAACAUCCACCAUCUCCGCGGCUCGAUCAGUCGCGCAUCCGGUCUUGAAGCUGCUCAGAAGUUUGACCCUCCUGAAGAAGCGACAGCCCAUCUCACAGACGAACCGUCCGCUCGUGGCCCCGGCUAUAGCCAACCCGACCCAUCAUACCAUCAACCAAAACCCAUACACCAAAGCAGCAUCCUGAACAUGCUCGAGCGGGAUGCUGACUCGCAGCAAUACCAUCAGCCAGACCGCGCUACUACAGAGCCUAUGUCCCAAUGCGAUACACGCUACGAGAAUCCAUCGCAGUCAGAAUUGGGAAGAUAUUCGCCCGAGUCAGACGAUGAGCUACUUCGCCAGUCACGCCGAAGAAGCAAAGCAAGAGUCGAUCCCUCUGCCCCCAUUGUUGGACCCAAGACAAUGAAGAAAGAGCCUAAGUCGACCACGAAUCCUCACAAGAGUGGCCUGAUGAAUGCGCUAGAUCCGAGGGUCGAUCGCAAUGCAGUCAAAAAGUCCAGAAAGAGUGACUGUUACUGA